AUGAUUAUUCAUUCAACUUGUCUUCAUACAAAAAUAGUCACAGUAGAUAUAACAGGACGAUAUUUAUUUCUAUACGUGGUGUUUACUCUCUGUAUAUAUCAACAUGUUCACAGUGACUCAACCGAAAAAAAUCAAGCUGCUCAACAAAAUAAACAAUUAAAUAAACUCGAAGAACAUAAUGAAAAACAGCAUAAAAUAGAUACAUCUAAUAUUUAUUUAUCACCAAAAGCAAAUGAAUUCUUAUCUUAUGAUAAAUGUAUGCAACGUAUGAAAUGUCCAGUCAGCCGUAAGGAAGAUUGUAGUGAAGAGUGUCAAGCCGGUAAUACAGAAGAAGAAAUUGAAGAAUAUAAAGAAAUGACAAUGAGUGAACGUCGAAGUGCAUUGCGUAAAAAACCGAAACCAAGAUUUGAUGCAAAUAUUAAAAAACGAUUAAAUAAAUAUAAACGUUCAUUUGAAACCAAACAAUCAUCAACUAAUUCAACUGAUCGACCAACAAUAAAAACUGAUUUAUAA